AAUUACGAUCGUACAAAGAAACUCGAUCGGCCGGGGCGGCGGAGGCCUCGCGGGGUCGUACGGGGGAGCUCGGCGGGCCCGGCCUCGGGGGGCGGGCCUCCCGUCGCGCGCCUCCCAGCCAGCCCGCGGCCCCCGGCCCGCGCCCCCCGCCGCCGACGUCGGGCGCGUAGACCCCGUGCGCGCUGACUGGCUCGCGCCGGCCUUCGCCCGGCUGUGGGCGGUUGGGGCGCCCCCGCGGGAGGCCGCCCCGCCCCCGCCGCCGCCGCCGCCCCCGCCGCCGCCGCCGCCGCCGCCGCGCGCAGCCUCGGCCCCCUAGCCGCCGGGGCGGUGGCGCUGUUGCCGCCGCGGCCUGUGAGGCAGAAACUCCCUCCACCCCGGUCCGGCCCGGGUCCGCCUCCUCCUUUCUCUCCUCCGCCUCGCCUCCCCUCUCCGUCUCCCGCUCGAGUGAAGGUGGCGCGGCGGCGCGCGACGCAGCCUCGGCCCCUGGCGCGGGCCCGCGAGCUCCUGAGGAGACCGCGCCACCGCGGCUGCGGGGAAGGAGAACCGGGGAGAGCGCAGGGACUGCGGCGGGGAGACUGGAGGGUUAGAGCGGGAGUGGCAGAGACCGGGCCGGCCGGUCGGACUGCCCGACCGACGGUCGCCUUCCAGCCUGCGCGGCCGGUCGGCUCCGGCUCGGGGCGGCGGGGGCCGGACGGGCGCAGGGUGCGGCCGGCGCACUCGAGACAAUACCCGCGCGGCGCGGCUGUGGGGGCGGAGGCCUAGUGCGGCCCAGGCCAGCGGAGCUCCGCGUCCUCGCCCCCGUGGGCCGCGCAAGGUCCCGCGGCUCGGGGCGGGCGCCGUCCCCUCCCCCUCGGCGGCGCGCCGCCCCGGGGUUCCGGGUUCCCGGGCACCGAGCUGGAUCCUGCUUUUCACCCAGGCAGGAAGUGAGUUUCGCACGGCAAUUCCGGGCGGUGUCACGAGUGAAAAGUUUUUUCCUUCGGCGGAGAACCUAGACGAGGCUGGGAAACUCCUGACAGAAGUCGCAAGCAGGAAGCCAGCCCGCACCCCAGCCCCCACCGAAGCAGCCGCGCUGCUGCGGGCGGCAGCUCCACAUCCGCCUAGUCCUCGCGGGAGCCUCGGCGGGGCCCGGAGCCACUGAGGAAGGGCAGGAAACCAUGUCAAGCCGAGCCUCGGGACGGCUGCCCUGAGACACCCGGAGAGGUAAUUUUUUUUUUACGGGAAGCGUCCAGCCAAGUUCGUGGGCCGGAAGCGACGGUACUUUAGUCUACCUCGCUCUGCCCGAGUUGUCUGACUUCUUUCUCCCUGGUCGGAAUGCCUUGUCGUUUUAGCAACUGAAUAGUAAAACUGAUUUACCCCCUUGCCCCGUCUACCGUCUGGAUUCCUUUCUUUUUAAGAUGGGGUUGUAAGAAUGUGGUGGGACGAAAAGUUUUUCAGCCGUCGGAAGAAAGAGUUCCUUUGUUGAGCAUAAGGGCCAGAAGUUUUAGUGUUCCGGGACGUAUACAAUGUAUAUCAAGUUGCUGAGUCUGGCAACUUUUGUUUCGGAAGAAAGUUAAGUCUCGCUGCGGGGAGAGACUGAUUCGCUCUCACUGAGAUGGCUGCCACAUUUGUUUAUGUUGGUGUGGAUUGUUUUGGUUUUCGCGUUAAUCCUACAUGGAGGUCGUUUUAAGGCACGUCUUUUUCUUUGGACUUAAGAAACUGCCUGCCUGCCAUUCUCGAUUGCUUUUUCUGGACGGCCAAGGAACUACUUGUAAAUGUUGGCUCAAUUAAGAAACAUCAGGGAGAUUAAUUCAACUCAGUGCAUUUAACAAUGACUACAAAACGAAGUUUGUUUGUGCGGUUGGUACCAUGUCGCUGUCUACGAGGGGAAGAGGAGACAGUCACUACUCUAGAUUAUUCUCAUUGCAGCUUGGAACAAGUUCCCAAAGAGAUUUUCACCUUUGAAAAAACUUUAGAGGAGCUCUAUUUAGAUGCUAAUCAGAUUGAAGAGCUUCCAAAGCAACUUUUUAAUUGUCAGUCUCUACAUAAACUAAGUUUGCCAGACAAUGAUUUAACAACAUUACCAGCUUCCAUUGCAAAUCUGAUUAAUCUCAGGGAACUGGAUGUCAGCAAAAAUGGAAUACAAGAAUUUCCAGAAAAUAUUAAAAAUUGUAAAGUUUUGACAGUUGUGGAGGCCAGUGUAAACCCUAUUUCUAAGCUCCCUGAUGGGUUUUCUCAGCUGCUAAACCUAACCCAGUUAUAUCUGAAUGAUGCUUUCCUUGAAUUCUUACCAGCUAAUUUUGGCAGAUUAACUAAACUCCAGAUACUAGAACUUAGAGAAAAUCAGUUGAAAAUGUUGCCUAAAACCAUGAAUAGACUGACCCAGCUGGAAAGACUGGAUUUGGGAAGUAAUGAAUUCACAGAAGUGCCUGAAGUACUUGAACAACUGAGUGGAUUGAGAGAGUUUUGGAUGGAUGGCAAUAGACUGACUUUUAUUCCAGGGUUUAUUGGUAGUUUGAGACAGCUCACAUACUUGGAUGUUUCUAAAAAUAAUAUUGAAAUGGUUGAAGAAGGAAUUUCAACAUGCGAAAAUCUCCAGGACUUCCUCUUAUCAAGUAAUUCCCUUCAGCAGCUGCCUGAGACUAUCGGUUCAUUGAAAAAUGUCACAACUCUUAAAAUAGAUGAAAAUCAAUUAAUGUAUCUACCAGACUCAAUAGGAGGGUUAAGGUCAAUAGAAGAACUGGAUUGCAGUUUCAAUGAAAUUGAGGCUUUGCCUUCCUCUAUCGGACAGCUCACAAACAUAAGAACAUUUGCUGCAGAUCACAAUUACUUACAACAGCUACCCCCAGAGAUUGGAAACUGGAAAAAUGUAACUGUGCUGUUUCUCCAUUCUAAUAAACUAGAGACGCUUCCAGAGGAAAUGGGUGAUAUGCAGAAAUUAAAAGUUAUCAAUUUAAGUGAUAAUAGGUUAAAGAAUUUGCCUUUUAGCUUUACAAAGCUACAACAGUUGACUGCUAUGUGGCUGUCAGAUAAUCAGUCCAAACCUCUGAUACCUCUUCAAAAAGAAACUGAUUCAGAAACUCAGAAAAUGGUGCUUACUAAUUACAUGUUCCCUCAGCAACCAAGGACUGAAGAUGUUAUGUUCAUAUCAGAUAAUGAAAGUUUUAACCCUGCAUUGUGGGAAGAACAGAGAAAACAGCGGGCUCAAGUAGCAUUUGAAUGUGAUGAAGACAAAGAUGAAAGGGAGGCACCUCCCAGGGAGGGAAACUUAAAGAGAUAUCCAACACCGUACCCAGAUGAGCUUAAGAAUAUGGUCAAGACUGUACAAACCAUUGUACACAGAUUAAAGGAUGAAGAAACUAAUGAGGAGUCCGGGAGAGAUUUAAAACAACAUGAAGAUCAGCAGGUUGUAAAUAAGGACAAGGGUGUGAAGCCUUCAGAAAGUAUUACAACAAAAAGCAAGCUUGAUGAGAGAGAAAAGUAUAUGAACUCUGUACCGAAAACGAGUGAGCCUGAAGCCGAGACCAAUGCGGGGAAUUCACCAGUGACUACAAAUAGGAAAUCGUCUGGGAACAUGAAGCAUCUUGUCAACCAUGAUGACGUUUUUGAGGAAUCUGAAGAACUUUCUUCUGAUGAAGAAAUGAAAAUGGCAGAGAUGCGACCUCCAUUAAUUGAAACCUCGAUUAAUCAGCCCAAAGUCGUAGCACUUAGUAAUAAUAAAAAAGAUGAUGCAAAGGAUACAGAUUCUUUAUCAGAUGAAGUCACACACAAUAGUAAUCAAAAUAACAGCAAUUGUUCUUCCCCAUCUCGGAUGUCUGAUUCAGUGUCUCUUAAUACUGACAGCAGUCAAGACACCGCACUCUGUUCUCCAGCGAAACAAAUUCCUAUCGAUAGUAACUCCAAAAUCAGACAAGAAGAUGAAAAUUUUAACAGCCUUUUGCAAAAUGGAGUUAAUUUAAACAAUUCACCAGAGGAAAAAUUCAAAAUUAAUGAUAAAAAGGAUUUUAAGUUACCUGAGUAUGAUUUGAAUAUUGAAGAGCAAUUAGUUCUGAUUGAAAAAGAUGUUGAUUCAAAAGCCACAUCUGAGGAUUCUCACCAAUUAGACCAUAUUAACAUGAAUCUUAAUAAACUGGUGACCAAUAAUAUUUUUCAACCAGAAAUAAUGGAAAGAUCAAAGAUGCAGGAUAUAGUGCUUGGAACAGGCUUUUUAAGUAUUCAUUCUAAAAGUGAAGCUGAGCAUAUUGAAAAUGGAAAUAAAUUUCUAAAUUCGGAGUCCAUAAAUAAGGUAAAUGGUCUUUCUGAGGAUACUGCACAGUCUCCUGGUAGGAUUGAACCACAGAAUACCAGUCCUGCUGAUGUGGGUAUUUCUAAAAGCACGGAAGAUCUAUCUCCUCAGAGAAGCGGUCCAGCUGGAUCUGUUGUGAAAUCUCAUAGUAUAACUAACAUGGAGACUGGAGGCCUAAAAAUCUAUGACAUUCUUAGUGACGAUGGUCCUCAGCCACCAGGUGCAACAGUGAAAGUCGCUUCUACUAUGGAUGGGAAAAACAUAGUCAGGAGCAAGUCGGCCACACUGCUGUAUGAUCAGCCCCUGCAGGUGUUCACCGCCUCUUCCUCAUCUUCUGAGUUACUGUCAGGUACAAAGGCAGUUUUCAAGUUUGAUUCAAAUCACAACCCUGAAGACCCAGAUAUAAUAAGGGCUUCCAUAGUACCUGGCCCACAGUCUAUACCUCAACUGUAUGGUCCUCCACAAUAUAAUGUCCAAUACAGUGGCAGUGCUGCAAUGAAAGACACUCUGUGGCACCCUAAACAAAAUCCACAGAUAGAUCCUGUCAGUUUUCCUCCUCAGCGCCUUCCAAGAUCUGAGAGUGCAGAAAAUCACAGUUACACAAAGCAUUCUGCCAAUAUGAAUUUCUCUAACCAUAACAAUGUUAGAGCCAAUACUGCAUACCAUUUACAUCAGCGACUUGCCCCAACCAGACAUGGAGAAAUGUGGGCUGUCUCUCCGAAUGACCGGCUAGUGCCAGCAGUAUCUCGGACUACUGUUCAGCGACAGAGUAGUGUGUCUUCAACAGCGUCUGUAAAUCUUGGUGAUCCUGGUCCCACGAGGCGUACUGAAGGGGAUUAUUUAUCAUACAGAGAGUUACAUUCAAUGGGAAGAACUCCAGUCACGUCAGGAUCACAAAGACCUCUUUCCGCACGAGCAUUCAGCAUUGAUGGCCCAAGUACAUCAAGGCCUCAGAGUGCCCGGCCCUCUAUAAGUGAAAUACCAGAGAGAACUAUGUCAGUCAGUGAUUUCAAUUACUCACGGACUAGUCCUUCCAAAAGACCCAAUGCAAGGGUUGGUUCUGAGCAUUCUUUAUUAGAUCCUCCAGGGAAAAGUAAAGUUCCUCAUGACUGGCGGGAACAAGUACUUCGACACAUUGAGGCCAAAAAGUUAGAAAAGAGCAUGCUGUCAAGGUCCUUUAGUUCCAAUCUCACUGCUGUAAGCAGCUCUCACUAUGGCAGCUCUAGGGAUCUGCAUGGCAGCCAGGGCAGCCUUGCCCUGAAUGUUGCAGACGGAAGAGGUUCUGGUGGGCACAGUUUUCGACAUCCCCAGACAUCCAGUCCAGGAGAUUGUUGCCAAGAUGAUAGAUUCAUGUCAGGAGAGCAGAACCACCCACUGGGUGCACUUAGUCACAGAGAUCUUCGAGACAGCCUGAUGAAAAUGCCUUUGAGUAAUGGACAAAUGGGCCAGCCUCUCAGGCCUCAGGCAAAUUAUAGUCAAACACAUCAUCCCCCUCAGGCAUCUGUGGCAAGGCAUCCCUCUAGAGAACAACUAAUUGAUUAUUUGAUGCUGAAAGUGGCCCACCAGCCUCCAUAUACACAUCCCCAUUGUUCUCCUAGACAAGGCCAUGAACUGGCAAAGCAAGAGAUUCGAGUAAGAGUAGAAAAGGAUCCAGAACUUGGAUUUAGCAUAUCAGGAGGUGUCGGGGGUAGAGGAAACCCUUUCAGACCUGAUGAUGAUGGUAUAUUUGUAACAAGGGUACAGCCCGAAGGACCAGCAUCAAAAUUACUACAGCCAGGAGAUAAAAUUAUUCAGGCUAAUGGCUACAGUUUUAUCAACAUUGAACAUGGACAAGCAGUGUCCUUGUUAAAAACUUUCCAUAAUGCAGUAGAACUCAUCAUUGUACGAGAAGUUUCUUCAUAAGCAGUAUAGACAAAAAAAAAAAAAAAAUGGGGACGAUAGCAAGAUUAUUGAAGACACAAGGGAAAUGACUAUUUUGCUUAUUUUUAUAUAUAAAGAAGAACAAAAACUGUUGGCUUGGAACUUGUACAUUACUGAAAUAAUGGAGCUUGUGCUUAGAGGGAAGAACCACUCACUGUACAGAAGAUGAAAGAGACUCUUGGAUUCAAAUCAUUUAAGAUUUGUUGUUAGGUUUUUAAACUUAGCAAAUCAAGGCUACAAAAACAAAGUUCUGUUGUUUUUGUAUAGAUUGUAGGUUUAUUUUUGGAUUUCAUACACAUGACUGACUGUAUGCAAGGCAAUAGUUAGCCUUGAUUGUAGCCCAGAGACAGAUUGCAGUGCUCUCUGUCUCCUAGCUUUUGUGUCCUAACUUUUAUCCAACUGGUAUUAAUGGUUUUUCUGCCGAACUACUUUUUCCUUGUGGUAAGAGAUUUGAAGUGUUGGCUUUUGCUAUGUGCAUACUGAAGAGUGAGUACAUGAAGUUGGUGCUGGUGGGUUCACUUUUCAAGGCCAGAUUAAAGCAUUAUUUCCUAUAAAAAUCUGAGGCAAAUGGUGAAAAAAAGUUAUCUGAUAAUGUAUUUUUAUUAAUAGAAUAAUGCAAUAAAAUACGUAAUGUCUUUUUAAAAGACAAUAAUUGCAUUUUAUGAGCUCUACAAGAUCGAUUCUUGUCAUAGCUAUUGACUAUACAUUUGCUACUGGUGAUUCAAUUUUUAAUUUUUUAGUUACUGAAGUUUUUAACUAUGUAGAUGCAUGUCCACGCAUUUCUCAUACUAUGAAGUUCUGAUACUUUUUUCUUUGAUAAAUGGUGGUACUUGCAACCUCAUUUUUAUAAUUAGCACUCCAUCAUAACCUAAUUUAUAAUUUUUGUUAUAAUAAGCAAAUGAAACUAAAAAGCCAGUUUUAAGUUUUGUGUCUCACCCAUAAUAUAAAAUAUCAGAAGGUUUCAGAAAGCCUCUUGGUUUUGUUGGCCUGGCGUUGCCUUGGUAAAGUGAGAGGAAACGUGAGUGUGCAUGGAGCUAGGAAACCAAAGCAAGUCGGUGAGACUGACACAGCGAUAGAGAAUUGCCGCGGAGAGCAGACGGAUGGUCCCGGAAGCCUGCCAGUGUGUAAAGUGUCAAGAUUAAGGGCUGUUCUUACAGAGAGCAUUCAAUGUGAACUCCACACUUCAGAGUCUUUAAAGGGUUUCUAAAUGUACCGAUGUGAUAGUGUUUUACCACCAAUUGCCUUUGUUCCUAGUUACUGUAACAAGUAUUGAUAGAAGUUUAUUAAUUUUGUUUAUCCAAACCAUUAAUUUUAUUUGCUUUUGUUCAAUAUAAUCAAAUAAAAUUUGGGUAACAUGCAGUGGUAAGAAGUAAUGCACGGUUAUUUGGACCAGAGACAAGUGCCAUAGGAGACCAGCAACCGUUUUUAGUAGAAGCUAGUCUGAAAACUCUUAUUAAAGCAAUACUCAGUUCUUUAAUCCAUUUUUUUUUAAUUUCAGAGAAGCAUAAUUUGGGUAUUUCUAAUGUGUUAUGCUCUUUUCUUCAACCUUGAUUGGUUGUUCUUACAGGACUAGCUAAAGCACCACCUACAUUAUUUUUACAAAUGAGUCGGACUCAUUUCCAUUUCUAGUCAAAAUAGUCAGCACUUUUAAAAAUAUUUGAACUUCAAUAUUGCACUUCUUUCAAGCUGUUAUCAAUUGGGUAUUGUACUGUAUAGUUUUAAUAAUUUUGAUUGAAACCCUUUAACAACUCUUUGUAAAUUUUAACUCAUUUUUAGUUGAUUUUCAGUACUUUUACAUAGGAAUUGAUUUUUAUGAAUAUAGUAGAAGAAAUGUGCUGUAUUUUGAUAAAAUUCACUUGUAUGUGUUGUAAUCUCUUAAACAAAGAAUGACAAACAGCUUCUUUAA